AGUCCUAUGUAUGGAAACUCACAUGAGUCAGUUCAGUCUAGAAGGGUAGUAAUUUCUCAUAAUAUGGACAAAGCUCUGAAAGAAGUGUUUGACUACAGUUACAGAGACUACAUCCUGUCCUGGUACAGAAGCCUCAGCAGAGAUGAGGGACAGCUCUACCAUCUGCUGUCAGAGGACUUUUGGGAAAUCGCCCGACAGCUGCGCCACAGGCUGAGCCACGUGGAUGUGGUCAAAGUCGUCUGCAAUGACAUCGUGAGAGCUUUGCUCACUCACUUCUGUGACCUGAAGGCGGCGAAUUCCAGACACGAAGAACAGCCGAGGCCUUUUGUGUUGCACGCAUGCUUGAGGAACUCAGACGAUGAAGGAAGAUUCCUGCAAACAUGUUCUCGGGUUCUGGUGUUUUGUCUCCUCCCCUCAAAGGAUGUCCAGUCUCUCAGCUUACGCAUAAUGCUUGCAGAAAUUCUCACAACAAAAGUCUUAAAGCCAGUGGUGGAGUUACUCAGUAAUCCAGAUUACAUUAACCAAAUGUUGCUUGCCCAGCUGGAGCGCAGAGAGCAGAUGAAUGAGCACCACAAGAGAGCCUACACAUAUGCUCCCUCUUAUGAAGAGUUCAUCAAGCUUAUCAACAGCAACUCUGAUGUUGAGUUCUUGAAGCAGCUAAGGUAUCAAAUUGUAGUGGAAAUAAUUCAAGCAACUACAAUUAGCAGCUUCCCCCAGCUGAAGCGGCACAAGGGUAAAGAAACCGCUGCCAUGAAGGCUGAUCUCCUGAGGGCCAGGAACAUGAAAAGGUACAUUAACCAGCUGACUGUGGCGAAGAAGCAGUGUGAGAAGAGGAUCAGAAUCCUGGGAGGCCCCGCCUACGACCAGCAAGAGGACGGGGCCUUGGAUGAGGGGGAAGGGCCUCAAAGCCAGAAGAUUCUUCAAUUCGAAGACAUCUUGGCCAGUCCUUUUUACCGAGAGCAUUUUAGAACAUACAUGGAAAGGAUGGAUAAGAGAGCUCUGAUUCGUUUCUGGGAGUCUGUGGAAUGUCUGAAGAAUGCUAACAAGAAUGAAAUCCCACAAUUGGUUGGUGAAAUUUACCAGAAUUUCUUUGUGGAGAGCAAAGAAAUACCUGUGGAAAAAUCACUUUACAAAGAAAUCCAGCAGUGUCUUGUGGGAAAUAAAGGAAUUGAAGUGUUCUGCAAAAUCCAGGGAGAUGUUUAUGAGACCUUGAAGGAUAGAUAUUACCCUUCAUUUAUUGUCAGUGACCUGUAUGAGAAACUGAUGAUAAAAGAGGAAGAAAAACAUGCCUCACAGCUGAUUUCCAACAGAGAUGAAAUGGGCCCAGGAGGUGAGGCUGGUGAGGAGGCUGUGGAUGAAGGUACCAGUCGGAUUAAUGAACAAGCCAGUUUUGCUGUAAACAAACUACGAGAACUAAAUGAGAAACUUGAAUAUAAGAGGCAAGCCCUAAAUUCUAUACAAAAUGCGCCAAAACCUGACAAAAAGAUUGUUUCUAAGUUGAAGGAGGAGAUAAUUCUAAUGGAGAAAGAACGCACGGACCUUCAGCUGCACAUGGCAAGGACAGAUUGGUGGUGUGAGAACCUGGGCAUGUGGAAGGCCUCCAUCACCAGUGGAGAGGUUACAGAAGAGAAUGGUGAACAGAUGCCCUGUUACUUUGUCAUGGUAAGCUUACAAGAAGUUGGAGGAGUUGAAACGAAGAACUGGACAGUCCCCAGAAGGCUCAGUGAGUUUCAGAAUUUACACCGGAAACUUAGUGAGUGUUUCCCUUCUUUAAAAAAAGUCCAGUUGCCUUCUCUUAGCAAGCUGCCUUUCAAAUCUAUAGAUCAAAAAUUUAUGGAAAAGUCAAAGAAUCAACUAAAUAAGUUUCUACAGAGUCUGCUUUCAGAUGAGAGACUGUGUCAGAGUGAAGCACUUUAUGCCUUUUUGAGCCCUUCUCCUGACUACCUCAAGGUUAUUGAUGUGCAGGGGAAAAAAUCCACUUUUUCAUUAUCCUCAUUUUUGGAAAGACUCCCGCGUGACUUCUUCUCCCAUCAGGAGGAGGAGGCAGAGGAGGACAGUGACCUGUCAGAUUACGGUGAUGAUGUGGAUGGAAGGAAAGACGCCUUGGCUGAACCAUGCUUCAUGUUGAUUGGGGAGAUUUUUGAACUUCGAGGAAUGUUUAAAUGGGUGAGAAGAACAUUAAUUGCUCUCGUUCAGGUCACUUUUGGAAGAACCAUCAACAAACAAAUCCGGGACACAGUGAACUGGAUUUUCAGUGAGCAAAUGUUGGUUUACUACAUCAAUGUUUUCCGGGAUUCUUUCUGGCCCAAUGGGAAAUUGGCACCACCGACCACAAUCCGAAGCAAAGAACAAAGCCAGGAAACAAAACAAAGAGCGCAGCAGAAGCUGCUCGAGAACAUUCCAGAUAUGCUUCAGAGCCUUGUUGGACAGCAAAAUGCACGUCACGGUAUAAUAAAAAUAUUCAAUGCGCUGCAAGAAACAAGAGCCAAUAAACAUCUGUUAUAUGUGCUGAUGGAGGUGCUGCUGUUGGAAUUGUGUCCUGAGCUGAGGACUCACUUAGAUCAACUGAAAGCUGGUCAAGUUUGAGACUAUACAGAUAAGCCACCAGAGAAAUGUCUGUGCUAAUAGACAUGAAACAUUUUCCUCUUUUCCACAGAGGGCUUGACUGAGAACUAUAUUGAUCUUCUAGUUGCCCCUCUCUAGUUUUAUGUGAAGGAAGCAGAAUUGGGGGGCAAACUUGAUGCUGUAUAUAGUAGGCAACAGAAAAAACCUCUUCUGUUAAUUUUUAUUUUAAUAUAAAUCCUUUCAAGGUCAAUGUAUGAUUGAAACAUAAAUGUUAAUACAUGGUAAGAACCUAGGAACUAUUUUAAAUAUUUAUGAAGUUGUUUUAAAUGAAGAACUAUGAACACUGUACAGUUGAUUUCCUCUCUGAGGAUUCUGAACAUUCCUAUACUCGUGUGUACUGAAUACUGUGCAAUGCUUUGUGUGAAGUUAUUGUGAAAAUUUUACUGUCUUUAUUUUUACCAAAGAUUUCCCAUAGUUUGAAGCAUUUGGAGCAAUAAAAUAUAAAAAUGAAUCAGA